CUUUAUAUACUUUCCAACAAUAUCAAACUUCAACACAAACAUAUCAGAAACUUCUCUCUUUUAUUAAUAUUAUUCUCUCAUUUUUUGUUCAGAAUAAUGUUUUCGUAUUCUAGUAAUCCUUUUGUUUACACUUUUAUAUUUCUCCUAUCAAUCGGCAACAGGAUUGCAUUCUCUUCGAGUUCGUCACCGCAGGCUCAGGAUCCGAAGCUAGUAGUUGACGAAGUCAAUAGAAGUGUAUUCAAUGCGUCACGGAGGAGCCUGGCCUACCUAUCUUGUAGAACCGGAAAUCCAAUCGAUGAUUGUUGGCGUUGCGAUCCAAACUGGGACACAAAUCGCCAACGGCUAGCCGAUUGUGCUAUUGGGUUUGGCAAAAACGCCAUCGGAGGCCGCGACGGCCGAAUUUACGUGGUUACAGAUCCUGGCAACGACGAUCCAGUAAACCCUAUACCUGGAACCCUUAGACAUGCGGUGACACAAGAAGAACCAUUAUGGAUCAUUUUCAAGAGAGAUAUGGUCAUUAAACUUCAAAAAGAACUCAUCAUCACAUCUUUCAAGACCAUUGAUGGUAGAGGCGCAAGCGUUCACAUUACCGAUGGCCCUUGCUUAAAAAUUCACGAAAAAACUAAUAUCAUCAUCCAUGGCAUUAACAUCCAUGACUGCAAACCAGGACCUGGUGGCAUGAUUAGAGAUGGCCCAGAUCAUACUGGAAUGUGGAUCCCAUCAGAUGGAGACGCGGUGGCGAUAUUCGGAGGGAAAAACGUGUGGAUUGACCAUUGUUCAUUGUCUAACUGCGAUGAUGGUCUCAUUGACGCCAUACAUGGUUCGACGGCUAUAACCAUAUCGAACAACCACAUGACACACCAUGACAAGGUCAUGCUUUUAGGGCAUAGCGAUAGUUAUACAGAGGACAAGAACAUGCAAGUCACCAUUGCGUUUAACCAUUUCGGAGAAGGGCUCGUUCAAAGGAUGCCACGGUGCAGGCAUGGAUAUUUCCAUGUGGUGAACAAUGAUUAUACUCACUGGGAAAUGUAUGCCAUCGGAGGAAGUGCUUCUCCGACGAUAUACAGCCAAGGCAAUAGAUUUCUCGCUCCUGAUACUCGGUUUAAUAAAGAGGUUACAAAACAUGAAGAUGCACCCGAAAGCCAAUGGAGAGAUUGGAAUUGGAGAUCUGAAGGGGAUAUGUUGUUGAACGGAGCAUAUUUCAGACAAUCCGGUGCCGGAGCUCCAUCGACUUAUGCAAGAGCUUCUAGCCUAAGUGCGAGGCCAUCAUCGCUUGUGGGUUCCAUCACUACGACGGCAGGAGCACUGAGUUGUCGACGAGGUGGUCACUGUUAAUUAUUCACUAUCACGAUGAUAAUGAAAUCGUAAGAGAGAAAAAAUAUAUUAAAGGACCAUUGUUUAUGCAAUGGUUCGUAUGUUCUAAUGAAUGGUAAGAGACAUUUGCGGGAUGAUAGUUUUUCAACGUAAUGUUAAUGCGUCUGCUAUGUCUCUGGACAUUUGCGAGAUGAUUUUAAAAUUUAUAUUAAAUGAUGUUAAAGCUAUAAAAAUAUUUCAACCUUUUGUUUGUCUGUUAACCACCAAGUUUCGGAUCUAAACCUAUGUAUGAUCUAUUCGAAUCAGGACCAUAAUUUUCUAAUUUCGUUUCCUUCAGUACUAAUAUCAAGAACAUCCUUGAUAUUUUGUUUAACAAUGGAAGUCCUACAUAUUUCCACAAAUUCGGUUUAGUUUUCCCUGAAAUUUGACCCUAACGCGAUUUUGACCUAUAUCUAUUGUAUUUAAGACUUUGUAGGCUAAAUUUAUUUUUAAUAUUUUUUUUAGGUUUAAAAGUUUUCUGAGAGAUAAAAUUGUAUUCUACCUUUGGAAAAAAAAAUUAUAAACCCAUUUUUUUUCCUGUUUUUUGGGUGCAAAUCAGGGGCGAAGCUAGUAAGACAGUUGUGGGUGCAAGUGCACCCAUAAUUUUAUCAAUAUUAACAAGUUUUGUAUGUAAAAGUUGUAAGUUCCAGUUAUCUAAAUGGUUAAAUUCUUUAUGUGCACCCCCAAACAUCCAAGGUUCGACAUCUAUUCAACCAUUUAUUUUUUUCCUUUAUGAAUUAUGCACCCCCUAUAAUUAACUCCUAGCUUCGCCCCUGGUGCAAAUGUUAAAUAAGUUUUGGUUUAUUAAUUAUAGUAUGGCUUCUUCAUCUUCUAUACAUCGAUACAUUUUUUUUUUGAACAACCAAACAUUUCAUUAAAAUCAGAAGCUAAGCAUUCGAGUAAUACAAAGCAGUUUUAGCUAGGGCAUCUGCAGCAGAAUUUAGAGUCCUAGGAACAUAAGCAAAAAUAAUGGAAGAAAAAGAUGAUGAUAGUUUCUCGAUAUCCAAGUUGAUUCCGUAGAGCUCCACCGGAUGUUGCUUCGAGUUUAGUGCUUUAACAAGCACUUGGUUAUCUGAUUUGAGGCAGAUAUUGGAGAGGUGACGAGCUUUAGCAUGCAGCAGGGCUUCCCGAACAGCUAAGGCCUCCGCCAUCAAGGGUGAUGCGACACAGAGUUCCGUCGAACUAUACAUCGAUACAUAACAUCUAUAAUUUGAUCGUUAUAACACCUUAAUAUAUAAUAGGAUUGGAUCUAAAUUUUUUUAAUAAACUAUAUCAAUCAUACUGGACAUGCAUGCCUAAUGCCUGUAUUUUCAAAACUUUCAUUUCGUACAAUUAAUACUAUUGCUAAAAGAAGAUAGUUGUCCGACAAGUAAGUAUUCAUAAAAUACUAUGAAAUUUUCGAAAACAGAGACAUACUAAAUUUAAAUUGUUACUAUCAAAUUUUGAAUUUUUAUUUCAAAUUCAUAAGAACCAACUAAUAAUUUAAAACAACCUCGCAUUUCGACGACUACGGAAACUGAAAUAUUAUUUUAUAUGGAAGUAACUUAUAAUAAGGUUGGUAUUCUUUGAUAUGGAUUGCAACUUGUAAUGAUAAGGCAGUGUUCUAAAGGAUACAUGUGUUCUCAUGUUUUCAAACAAUUUCUUUAUACUUUGAUUUGAUUGAUGUUUUACUCGAGCAUAGACAAAUGUUUAAGUUUUAAAGAGUUAUAAAUGACCAGUUUACCGGUUUACAACGUUUUGGAGUCUUUUAUAAAUGUAGGGUCUUUUAGUCUUUUAACGAUUCUUCUUAGGUUUUAGGCUGAUUAGAAACAUAAGAUAUCGAAUUGAGUGCAACUGAGCAAUCAAAAAUGUGUAGAAUUGUGCAAAUAAGUCAGAAAUUUAGGACUGGAUUGAAGACUUCGCAUUAUGUGCAUGAGCUCAAUUUCUUUCAUAGGUUAGAGAACUGAGUUAGACUUUUAAUGUUACUGGUUUGAGAUCCAUCAAAUGGCUAUGUUGAAGGUUAUGCGCGUUACUCUAAAGACAAUUAUUCUGUGUAAUGGUUAAAUAUGAGAAAAUAAUUGUUUUGUUUCUUUAUUUUCGGUUUAAUUUUGCUUAAGUUUGACUUUAACAUGAUUUUGACUUAUUUCUAUUGUAUUUAAGCCAAUUUAGGCUAAAUUUAUUUUUGAAAUAGAUUUUUUAGGUUUAAAAGUUUUUUUAGGUAAAUUUGUAUUCUACCUUUGGAACAAGUUUUUGUUUAAUUAUGUUUUAUGAUUACGAAUGUUAAAUAAGUUGUUGCUUAAUAAUUAUAGUAUGCUUUCGUUAUAUCAAUGAAUAACAUCGAUAAUUGGAUCGUUAUAACACUUUAAUAUAUAAUAGGAUUGGAUCUAACGAUUUUUAUUAAGAAAAAUUUUUAUGUUUUUUUCACAAAAAUAAUUUUUAAUGAGGAAAAUGACCAAAAUAAGUUUUAUUAAAAUGUAAAAAUACAUUUAUACCAUAUGGUUAAUUAGUCUAGACUUAGGAUUGCCAGUUAUGGGGUGGGGUUUUGAGAAUAAAAUUUUAAAUUUUCAAAAAUAUAAAUAAAGAUUAAUGUUUUCAAAAUAAAAAUGAACUAUUUGAUCAUUUUAUUUUUUUAAAGUUUAUUUUAUGAUAAAAACUUAAAAAAUUAGCUAUCUGAGAGAAUUGCAUUUUAUUAACUAUAUCAAUCAUAGUGAACAUGCAUGCCUAAUGCCUGUAUUUUCAAAACUUGCAUCUGGUACAAUUAAUAUUAUUGCUGAGAGAAGUUGUAGUUGGCCGUACAAGUAUUCAUAAAAUACUAUGAAAUUUUCGAAAGACAGAGACAAACUAAACUUAAAUUGUUACUAUCUUAUUUUAAAUUUUAUUUCAAACCCGUAAGAACGAACUAAUAAUUCAAGACAGCCCUGGCAUUUCGACGACUCCGGAAACUCAAAGAUCUUUUUUUAUUCCAUUUCAUUUUAGUCUACGAGUUCUUAAACCCUAAAACUGAUUAUUAAAUAAAUGUUUUAUGUAACUUUCAUUGCAUUAUUACUCUCGUUGAAAGUUACUAAUAUAUAUUAUUCACAACAUGCGGAUAUAAUUAGUCCUAUACGGCAUGAAUAUAUGCUAAAUGAAGCCAUCAAUUUGUCGUCAUGGGAGAUUAGGAGUAGACAAUAAUGCUUUAGAAUAAUGGUGAUAAUCAUUAAAUCAUUAAAAGUUCCUCUUUCUGAGCUAUGAUUGCUGCAUUUUACUUCACAACGUCCUUGUUUGACUUUUCUAUCACCUCGUUUCGUGCCUCCUUGUCCUUCAACGCUUGCAAGAGUUGUAGAUCAGCUAUACACAAAAAUGGUAGCUCAUAAUUAGUUCAGAAAAUGACCGUUAAGUCUACUUAAUAUAGUCGACUCAUAAUUCAUAAAUAUGAAUAAUUUAGUCAACUAAUUUCCCCCCUACAGAAAAUUCUAUAAAUACCCACUAAAACCCCAUAAGUUAUCUCCACCCUUCUCAAAAAAUAUAAACACACUACCACUUCCUGAGCUUUUGUUUUAGAGUUUUUCCCGGUACACAAACAAAUGGCUCCAAGAAUCUCUCUUGCACUCUUCCUUUCCCUGAACCUCCUCUUCUUCACUUACACUUCUGCUCAAGGCUCUUGUCCUAAAGAUUCCCUGCAGAUCAGUCUAUGCGCUAAUGUUCUCAAUGUAGUUGAACUAACAUUGGGAAACCCAUCUGUACCGCCAUGCUGCUCACUCAUUCAUGGCUUGGUUGACCUUGAGGCUGCAGCCUGUCUUUGUAGCGCACUCAAAGUUGACAUUCCUGGCAUCACCUCAAUUAACCUUCCCAUCUUUCUCAACGUACUCCUCAAUGUUUGUGGCCGACCAACUCCAACAUCUUACCAUUGCGUCUAUUGAAUACUUCAGACAUAUAAAGACAUACCUAAAGGACAGAAAUAUCGUAUGGUUUCAAAUUAGUCUUGAACUUAUUGCGUAGUUUUCUUGUUUCUUAUAAUCAGUGAUUGCUUCUGUGAUUUUCUUGGAUUGAAUAAAAUGAUGAACGUCAUGUUCUCAUGCAACAAUGUAUUAUGGGGUUUUGUGUGUGUAAUCUGCAAGUUAUUUCCCCUUUUGCUUCAUUUUUAAUGGCCCUUUGCUUCAUUGUUCCUCUUAUCUUCGUUGUAAACGUUUCUUUUGAAUUUGAUUAAUAAAAGUAUAGCAAUCGGUGUUGUCUAUAUCAGGCCCAUCUGUGUAUUAAAAAAAAAGGUAAAAUGGCAAUAUGACGCACUGAAAUAAAAAAAAAUCAUAUCUUAGUUAUUUUGCGGUAAACAUUAAAUAAUGGCAUGUACUUAUCUGAGCUGUAUAUUAAUCGGGUUUAAUCUGAUCGUACGUUCUCCAAACCAAAACUGCUGUUGGAAAAGUACGUAAAGAAUGUACAUAAACUGUUUCAUGACAGACCCUAAUUUUCAUUAAAGAUGAAACAGUAUAUAUUUCUAUAAGCAAAAAAAAAGUAUUUAUAUAAAUGCUAUUUUAAGGAGAAUAUAAUUAAAUUCUUGGAAAACAAUAAAAUUUUGAUGUUUCGAGAUGUAUUUAGAAUCAAAUAAGUAAAAUACUAAAUAAAUCAAUUUGAUGCAAACUUAUUUAUGAGAAUUCAAAAUAAACUAAUUGGAUGUUACUUAGAUAAAAUAAAAUUAAUAUAUAUCAGAAGAUCAUAGUAUAUUUAUAUAUAUUAGGUGAAUAUUUAUGAAAUAUCGUAAUAUACUUAUACGGUAGUAUACUAUAUUUAUUGUUAUUUAUUCUUUUUUAUUUAGUGUAAUUAAAAUUCAUUUCAUGUAAACUAUUUAAAAUUUAAUAAUCAAAAAUACAAAACAAAUGGAUACAAUUAUGACUUUUAUAUAUUAAGAUAAGUGAACCGAGAAUCUGGUUCUUAUUCUCAUCAGUGCUCGCGUCUCAUGGAAGCCUCUCAAACUCUUUCAAUCGAAAAAAUAAAUUAACUCUCUGAAAGAUAGUGAGACUCGCCUGAGAGAAAUGAGAAAAAGAAUGAAAGGAAAGAAACCAAUUGUAAGACUCUAUGUGUAAUCAGAAAACUGACCGAAUAAGAAUCCAUGUGUCCUUUGAUCGAGAUUCCCUUGAUGAUAAUGCACAACUUAAUCUUAGAUGAGAUUGGUGGAGAAUUUGGAGAACUCUUAUGAGUUGUAGGUUGAAAAUGGUUACAUUACUAAAUGGAGGUCAAAUACAUGGAAGUACCUUCAAAGAUUGGUGUUUUUGAUGUGAAUUGCAACUUGUAAUGGUAACGCGAUGUUCUAAAUGAUAAAUGUGUUCUCAUAUUUUCAAACCUUUUCCUUAUACUUUGCUUGAUGUUUUACUCGAGCACAAACAAAUGUUUAAGUUUUAAAGAGUUAUAAACGAUCUAAUUACCGGUUUCCAACUAUUUGGAGUCUUUUAUCGAGUCAAUGUGUGUUUGUAGAGUCUUUUAGUCUUUUAUUGAUUCUUCUUAGGUUUUAGGCUGAUUAGAAACAUAAAAUAUCGAAUUGAGUGCAGCUGAGCAAUUAAAGGUGUUGAAUUGUGAAAAAAACGUUAGAAGUUUAUAAAUGGAUUGAAGACUUCGCAUUAUGUGCCUGAGCUCAAUUUCUUUCAUAUGUAAUAGGUUAGAGAAUUGAGUUAGACUUAUAAUGUCACUAGUUUGAGGUUGAUCAAAUGGCUAUGUUGAAGGUUAUGAGCGUUACACUGAAUACUAUUCAGUCUACUGGUUAAAUACGAGAAAAAUAAUUGUUUUGUUUCUUUAUUUUUGGUUUAGUUUUGCUUAAAUUUGUCUUUAACGUGAUUUUCACUUAUAUCUAUUGUAUUUAAGCCUUUUUUAGGCUAAUUUUAGAUAGAUUUUUUAUGUUUAAAUUUUUUCUUAGAGAUAAUUUUGAAUUCUAGCUUUGGAACAAGUUUUUGUUUCUGUUUUAUGGGUGCGAAUGUUAAAUCAGUUUUUGUUUAAUAAUUAUAGUAUGCCUUCUUUGUAUUGAUGAAUAACAUCGAUAAUUUGAUCGUUAUAUAACACCUUAUAUAUAAUAGGAUUGGAUCUAACGAUUUUUAUUAAACUAUAUCAAUCAUACUGAACAUGCUUGCCUAAUGCCUGUAUUUUCAAAACUUGCAUUUGGUACAAUUAAUAUUAUUGCUAAAAGAAGUUGUAGUUGGCCGUACAAGUAUUCAUAAAAUAUAUGAAACUUUCGAAAACCAGAGACAAACUAAACUUAAAUUGUUACUAUCUUAUAUUUUUAAAUUUUAUUUCAAACCCAUAAGAACGAACUAAUAAUUCAAGACAGCCCUGGCAUUUCGACGACUCUGGAAACUCAAAGAUCUUUUUUUAUUCCAUUUAUCUUUAAUCUACGAGUUCUUAAACCCUAAAACUGAUUAUUAAAUAAUGUUUUAUGUAACUUUCAUUGCAUUAUUACUCUCGUUGAAAGUUACUAAUAUAUAUUAUUCACAACAUGCGGAUAUAAUUAGUCCUAUACUUUUACCAAAAAAAAAAAAUUAGUCCUAUACGGCAUGAAUAUAUGCUAAACGAAGCCAUCAAUUUGUCGUCAUGGGAGAUUAGGCGUAGACAAUAAUGCUUUAGAAUAAUGGUGAUAAUCAUUAAAUCAUUAAAAGUUCCUCUUUCUGAGCUUUGAUUGCAGCAUUUUACUUCGCAACGUCCUUGUUUGACUUUUCUAUCACCUCGUUUCGUGCCUCCUUGUCCUUCAACGCUUGCAAGAGUUGUAGAUCAGCUAUACACAAAAAUGGUAGCUCAUAAUUAGUUCAGAAAAUGACCGUUAAGUCUACUUAAUAUAGUCGACUCAUAAUUCAUAAAUAUGAAUAAUUUAGUCAACUAAUUUCCCCCCUACAGAAAAUUCUAUAAAUACCCACUAAAACCCCAUAAGUUAUCUCCACCCUUCUCAAAAAAUAUAAACACACUACCACUUCCUGAGCUUUUGUUUUAGAGUUUUUCCCGGUACACAAACAAAUGGCUCCAAGAAUCUCUCUUGCACUCUUCCUUUCCCUGAACCUCCUCUUUUUCACUUACACUUCUGCUCAAGGCUCUUGUCCUAAAGAUUCCCUGCAGAUCAGUCUAUGCGCUAAUGUUCUCAAUGUAGUUGAACUAACAUUGGGAAACCGAUCUGUACCGCCAUGCUGCUCACUCAUUCAUGGCUUGGUUGACCUUGAGGCUGCAGCCUGUCUUUGUAGCGCACUCAAAGUUGACAUUCCUGGCAUCACCUCAAUUAACCUUCCCAUCUUUCUCAACGUACUCCUCAAUGUUUGUGGCCGACCAACUCCAACAUCUUACCAUUGCGUCUAUUGAAUACUUCAGACAUAUAAAGACAUACCUAAAGGACAGAAAUAUCGUAUGGUUUCAAAGUCUUGAACUUAUUGCGUAGUUUUCUUGUUUCUUAUAAUCAGUGAUUGCUUUUGUGAUUUUCUUGGGUUGAAUAAAAUGAUGAACGUCACGUUCUCAUGCAACAAUGUAUUAUGGGGGUUGUGUGUGUAAUCUGCAAGUUCUUUCCCCUUUUGCUUCA